AUGAGAACUUUCUUUAGCAACAUAUGUCCGGAUAUAAUUGCAUGGCCUAGCACAUCAAAAAAGGAAGAAGCAAAUAUUAAUACAUGUUACUUUGCAGGUUGCCUAGAUGGCACUCGUAUAACUAUUGAUCCUACUGGAGAUCGUAAGGACGACUACAUUGACAGAAAAGGAAAUAUUUCAUUAUGCUUGCAAGCCAUCUGUGAUGAAAACAGAAAAUUUAUUAGCAUAUUUGUCGGACAUCCAGGCUCCUGUCAUGACAGUUGGGUCUUACAAAACUCUCCUAUUUAUAUGCGACUACCAUCGAAGUGUGGAGAAUACUAUCUACUGGCUGAUUCCGCAUACCCCUGUACACAACACAUCAUUACGCCAUAUAAAGACAACGGGCGUCUUACUCGUGCACAAAAUAAUUUCAAUAGAAAAUUGGGGUCAGGUCGAAUACUAAUAGAAAAUGCAUUUGGUAUUUUAAAACAACGUUUUAGACAGCUACUGUGUCACUUUAUAAGAGUAUGUUGUGUUUUGCACUAUCUUGCAAAUGGAAACGACUUAGAAUUCACAUUUUCAGAACAAUCUGAGGAAGAUAAUGAUGUCAACAACCAGAUCCCUUUUAGAUCAAGUAUCGUUAGAGAUUCAAUUUGUAAUGAAUUACAAACACAAAAUAACUUGGAUUAA